AUGCCCCGCGCGCCACCCCGCCCGGAGGCCUCUCUGUGCCGCGCGAGGCAUGCCGGGAGUUGUAGUUCCCCCGUGAGCGGUGCGCGGCGAGCAAAGCCGUGGGGCGGGUCCAAAGGGACGCGCGUCGCCUUGGCCAAUGGGAGCGAGGUUCGCGCUGCAUCCAGGGAGUUCUCGGAUUCCAAUCUAUCCCCAAAAGCUGCUGCCUCGUACAAGCCUGUGGUGCCUGUGAUGUCCUUUUACAGGAAGGAAAAGCAAUACCUCACUCCUCUUGAGAGGAAGCAAUUGAAUGAGAACUUCUUUCUCAGCGAGAGGAAAAACAAUGAAAAUCUCCCAGCUGCCAGUAGGACUGAGAAGACCCAGGUGAACUUCAGCAGGCACAUAAGCUCAAGACCAGCCAAGCGUACCGCAAAUUCCAGACAGGGCAAAGCUCCUCCCAAAAAGCUUAAGAAGGCUAAGGGAGAUAUAGCACCUGCUAAAGCCAGCGCAGAGAAAGAGAACGCGAAUUCCCUAAUUAAAAAGAAAAUGGAUGCGCCUUUCCGAGUCCUGAGCAUGACAGUUAAACCCGCUCUGAAACUCCAGUCAGGAGCAGCGUUCUUUACGGCCAGAAAGAAAUCACAUUCUGGUUCUAAAAAACUACCCGUAGACCACAAGGCCCCCCAGAGUCUCCCCGCGACCCCACAAGGAAAGGAUCAGCCCGCAUUGCCAACAGCUAAUCAGCCUAAUUCAGGGGACACACACAAAAAUCCUGAAGCUGGAAGUGCAUUGAGAAGGAUUUCGGUGCCUCAGAAGAAGGAAAAAGAACCCAGGGAGGAAUUUACAAGCCUCAAAAAUGAAGAGAGAGAAUUCUCUUCAACUGCUGUUGUCUACCCUAUAUUCAGUGCAGCUUCUGCCAGCAAGAAAAGGACACAGGGCAGCCUGGAGGAACUGGCUAGUCCGUGUGGAUCCAACCCACCUCCCAAAUUGGCUCUCAACCUGCAGAAAAGCAAGAAGACAAAAGGGCUCUGCAAACGCUCCAAGGAUCAGAUGAUAAUUGAUGCUGGGCAGAAGCAUUUUGGGGCUGUUAUUUGCAAGUCGUGCGGCAUGAUCUACACAGCUGCUAGCCCGGAGGAUGAAGCCCAGCACAUCCAGCACCACGACAGAUUCCUCGAGGGACUCAGAUAUGUGGGCUGGAAGAAAGAGCGGGUUGUGGCAGAGUUCUGGGAUGGGAAAAUUGUACUGAUUCUUCCAGACGACCCAAAAUACGCAGUGAAGAAGGCAGAAGAGGUGCGGGAAAUAGUCGAUAACGAACUAGGAUUUAAGCAAGUUAGGCUGAACUGCCCAGCCAAGACCAAAAUGUAUCUGUUUGUGUCCAAUGAGAAGAUGAUAGUUGGGUGCUUAGUCACCGAAUCCAUCAAACAGGUACGUGGUGUUAUGUAUGGGCAGGGGGCAAAAUUUCAGGCAAAAUCUCAGGAGUUACGUGGUGGCUGCUGUAUGUCCCUUCAGGAAGGAGUAGUNNNNGGCGUCAGCCGCGUCUGGGUGUUCAGCCUGGCGCGCGGGAAGGGCGUCGCGCGGCGCAUGGUGGACGCGGCCAGGAGCACGUUCACGUACGGCUGCUACCUAAGCACGGACGAAAUCGCCUUCUCCGAUCCCACACCGGACGGCAGGCUCUUCGCAACGAAAUACUGCCAAACCCCCAACUUCCUUGUUUACAAUUUUAUUUGUUGUAAUCAACCCGCGUCGGCUAGCCUGGAUCCUCCUCGCUUCUCCCUGCGGGAUAAAGCCGAGUUGCCCCUCCGGAGGCAGCAGCCUGGGAAGGAGGGUCCCCUGCCCGCCCUGGGGCUGGCACCAGCCUCCGACCACGAGCGUGGAGGCUUCUCCUCUCUGAAAAGAGCCACUACCCGACGCGGGUCUGCUCUUCCCUUGGAGCACGAUGGCAGUUUCAGGCGUCCCGACCGCAUCGUGGCGGUGUCAACUACACAGCAGCCACCACCCCGCCGCUCUGAGGGCCCCAAACGGGCGCAGAGCUCGUCCCUGGGACCUCAGGGGACAGUGGUGCAGCUCGGGGACACCUCCCAGCCCCGCUGCCAGGGCAGGGUGGCAAGCAGCCCCCUUUCCAGCCCUCUCCAGCUGUUUUGA